UCAAACCGUGGCGGCCACAGCGGACACAGGCGGCGGAGGGUGAGAGACACCGACGUUAUAUUACACACUAUAAUACACACCGGAGGAUAUAACAUUAUACUGUACAAUAACACACAGGCGGCCAGAGGAUUCUGCUUUUCCACAAAUUGAGGCAUUGCAAAUAAAAAAAAGCUGUGUACCCUUGAAAUAAUGGAUGUGAAGAGUGAGAUUGGGUUACAAAUAACACCUGACACACCUGGGAGACCUACUAUAAUAAACCCCUUUGAGAGUCCCAGUGAUUAUGCAAGUUUACAUGAACCAGUGGCUCCCAGUCCUUCAGUCUUUAAAUCAGUUAAAACCCCAGACACACAGACACCUGGAAAAUUCAGAUGGUCCAUUGGACAGCUUGCAAUGUUGUAUCCAAUUGAAAUAGACCCAGAAGAUAUUCAUCAGCAAUCUGCAUAUAUGAGACUAGACCAUGAUAUUGAGGCAAAGAAACAAAAAGCCAUUGACGAGUUUUUCUUGAAUAGCGUCAUUGUUCCUUCUCCUUGGACUGAAUCUGAGGGCAAGACAGUUGCACACAACCAUCGAACAAAUUGUUUGUCCUGGAAUCGUGAUUCUCCUAUUAAUCCAAAAGAAUCUGUCAUGUUGACUGGAAAACAAAAUGCUGCUUCUCAGACAUUACUGUCAUUACCUACGGAUUUUGAUCUGGAAAAAAUCAUAGGUGAAUAUUAUAAAUUGGAUGAUACUGCUGACCAGUCCCAUGAAAGCCUAAGUGCAUCUUCACUUCGGAGAAAACUAUUUAUAGAUGGAGAAAAAUGUUGCUCUGACAGUUCUUCCCCUUCUUCACCUGAGGAAAGACCAGGUGCUGAAUUGAUAAAAUCCCAAGGAAUGCAGUGUUCAAUAGACCUUUCUCCACUUCCCUGCAGGAGUCCCACAGAGACUCUUAGUUCUGGACAAUUUUCAUCAAGCCCUAUCAAAUGUGCAGGACGAACAUACAGUCUUGGGAGCCUGGCAAGUCCCAUGUUUCCAGAGAGAUCUUCUCCUAAUUAUUUGUCACCACCUUUCUCUCCGAUUGGACUUCAGUUUGGAAAAAUGCCACUUUCAGAACAAAAGAAAUACAAUUUCAUGUCUCCUGUCACUGCUUCUGCAGCAACAUUAGAUGGAAAUUUUGAUCAUCGCACAAUACCUUCUUUUAUAGAAGGAUGUUCACCUAUUAAAACUUGCUCUCCUCUGAACAAUAAACACCAGAGUGUCCUUUGCCACCAUCAAACUUCUCCUCUCAUAACUUUUUCACGUGAACAUCAAAGUGAGCAGAAAAUGCUUCUCACACCACAAUCUAAUUUAUGCUCUGGAACGGAUGCUGAGAUGCUCUCCUUCUGUCUGGGAGGAGAAAGUAAAAACAAUUGUAUUUCAGCUUCCAAUCCCUCUGAAGUCAGUGAAAAUAUAACAGGACUUGAGGAUGGUAUUGAGAACCAUACUAUUGAUAUGGCAGAUGUAGGAGUAACUGCGGGGGACGAUAGCAUGUGGGUGAAACAAUCACAAAGCAACGUCAGUAUUCCAAUGAUGAGCUCACUGACUGCAAUUACAUUUAAUGUGGAGAACUCUCACGUGUAUCUGCCGCCUUUAGCAGAAAGCAGCGUUAUUCCCUGUGAGAGCACUAGUAUGCAGACUGAUAGUGGUUAUAAUACACAAACCACGAGUGGAAGUAGCAUUAUGGACACUAUUGGAACAGAUAAAGAAAAUCUUGAACUACAGACAAUAGUUGGAACUGUGGCUCCAUCCAAAUAUCAACAAAACUCCAUGGAUAACUCUAUUUCUGAAUACUCAGAGAACAGGAUCUUGGGGCUGAAUUCAACAAGCUACCUCACAGCAGCAGACAAUGUCUCCCUUGACCAAAAAAUGUGCUACCUCAAUACUUGGAAAAAUCCUUGUGAUCAAACCUUGAACAAAAUAUUUAAAAAGAAUGUACGAUAUUCACCUCAGCUACACGAUGAAAAACAUUGUUUUAUACGACAACCUCUUGAAAUGUCUGAAAAGUCUGAAUCAGUCGACUAUAACUCUGUCUCUCCUUUGUAAUUAGGUCAAAGUGGCAACAAACUCCAUUGUUCUACGUGUUUUAUUCCUCAGGCUAUUAGUGAAAUGAAAUGUUCAAGGAGUCAUUGAAAUGUCUGUUGAGCUGAUUUCCCCCCUCCAAAAAAAAUCUCACAAGCACUCUGAAAACUUAUUUGUGUGUACUGACAUCAUUUAUAAAGCACUUGAUUUCAUUGGUCAGUGACUGUGCUAUCUUAAGAAUCGUGCCAGUGAUGAAGUGACUCAGUUUAUAAUUUUUUUUCAUUUAGAAUUGAUCUCUACAUAAAUAAAUGUUCCCUUAAAUGAACAUUAGUCUGUCAACAAUGUUUCUAUUACCUCGUAUGUAAUGUAAUAUGUUUAAAAAAUGUAUUCAUUAAAUUUAGUACUCCAUUUUUAAAUUAACCUUCCACUAAAAUCAAUGACUGUUUAGCUAUUUAAUAAUGGACUAUGUUGCCAUUUGGGUUUGCAACAAAUUAAAAUCAAUCUUGACAUUUCAAAAGUUUUACAUGGAUUGGCACAAAAGAAUAUAUAAUCAAGUUUAAAAUUGCAAUUAGUUCCUAAAAUCUAAAUGUUUACAUUUUAGACCUCACAGGUCUGAUUGCAAUAAUUUAUACUUUUAACACAAAUGUUGGAACGAUAUACUGUAUAUCUAAAAUGUUUAUUAAAAUCAUUAAAUUUUUUAAAAACAUGUUUUUUACU